GUGGGGCUGUACGUGGCAGCUGUGGCACUCCUCGCGCUCAAGCUCUCCCUUACCCUCCCCUGGCAGUCGCAGCUGCUGCUCUUCGUCCCGCCCAUCUGUUACGCCAUCAUCGUUGCUCUGCUCAACCACCAGAUUAGAUCCCUUCACCGCGACGCCCCUUCCUCCUCCCCUCCUCCCUCGCUCCCUUCCCUGCGCCCUGCCACUCUCCUCUCCGCUUCUGUCACAUCCGAUAAGAGCACUGCAGCAGCAGCAGCAGUACCGCCAGCAGCAGGUGUAGCAGCAGCAGCAACAGCCCCCCUGUCUGUCCUUCCAUCCUCCACAGUGACAGCUUCGCUUUCAUCACAAUCCCUACAGCAACCACUACUGCACCCUCAGAGCCAAACCACCUCGUCCCUUCCUCCUCCCCUCUCCUCCCUCCCUCAACCCCCCUCCCAUGCACCAAGUCUAAACUCGCUCUCGCACUCUCACGCUGCUCCUCCCUCCUCCAACCCCCACUCCUCCCCAUCCCUGCACGACUGCACAGCCCCCCAGCAAAACCCGCUGGCUGGUGCGGCGCUGCAUGCAGCAGCGCCCUGCCAGCAGGCAAGCGGCGUGCAUCCGGUUCCAACCAGCAACAACCAGGCAAUGGGCGUUCAUUUGGCGUCGCAACAGACGAAAAUCGCCAAUGGGGAGCCGCCUGGGGAGGAGGCAGGGGAGAAGGGAGGGAGUGACGGCAGCAAGACAGGUGCCAUGAAUGGUGGCAGCACCAGUACCAGCACUAGCAGCAGCGAUGCGAGGACUCGCAUUGUCAGCACCAGCACCAGCAGCAGCAGCACCACCACCAGCCUCACCACCACCAGCGCCAGCAGCAGCAGCGGCAGCAGCGGCAGCAGGGGCGGAAGCAUGAGGAGUAGCAGCAGUGGCAUUGGCGGUGGUGCUUCUGGGGGUGCGUCUGCAUCGCCGUCCGACUUCACGCGCUUCACCCGCAAGCUGCGGCGCUGGCCCAAGCUGCUGAUGCGCCUGGUGCUGGUGGAGGCGUGCAUGGGCAGCUACCUGGUGGGGGUCGUCCCCAUCCAAGGCACCUAUAUGCACGAGGACAUACUAGUGAGCCGUCUCUCCUGCUGUCUGCUGCUGGGGUACGCGUUUGUAGGGGCGGCCAUGCUGCUGCUGAUGAAGGAGGCCGUGCUGCGGCGGGAGCAGGUGGAGUACGUGGCGGCGCACCUGGGGUGCUGGCACCGCGUCGACGUGCCGAAUUUCACCAUCAGCAGGGACGUGGCGGAGUGGAACCCCCACAGUGUGCCGUACAGUGAGGGUGCCAUUGUGCAGCGAGGGGGCCGUCUCUUUGUGGGGCUCGGCCGGUUCAACACCGCCCAGCCUGGGUCGCUCUCAGCCGCCCUCCUCUUUGUAACGCUCCCACCCUCCUUUCCCGUUCUGUUUCUUUCGAUGCUAAGACUCAAUCUGCCAACUCAAAUAGUGCUCUCAUCUCACCCGCCUCUCAAUUUUCCUCCUGUCUCUCACCUCACCUCCACGGUCAACCCGGCGCCCGUGUGUGCAGCUGCUGCACCACCAACCGCUUGUCUUCUCCAACUGGGUAGUCGGCACACAGAUUUGCGUCUCGGCGUCGCAGGUGCUGCUGCUGCUGGUGUGGUCGCGGUGGUGGGAGGGCACAUCCGCGCGUCGACAGAUUUCUUAUCGCCGCGCUCAGCGCGGGAUUCGCCAUCCGCCAUGGGCGACACGUUAGGAGCCAUCGUGGAGUACUUGGAGCGGAACAACCUCCACAGGGCCGCGGAGGCGCUGCGACUCGAAAUGUCGCAGAAGCAGGCGUCGCAGAAACGUCCUUCGCAGAAGUUUCCUUCUCAGAAGUUUCAGCAGUCAUCUCCUCCCGCCUCCUCCGCCGCCGCCGGCGCCUCCUCCUCCUCCUCCCGCCCUCCGCCCGACCCGUCCGACAUGGACGUGAAUCUCUUCCUCUGGAUGAAGCAGGACCAAAUGUUUAAUGGCGGCUCCGGGUUUUCCGGCGCAGGUGGCGGCGCCAGCAGCGGCGGCGGGACCGGCGGGGGGAACAGCGGCGGAAGCGGCGGCGGGUUUGCGGGAUUCGCGGGAUUCAAUGCGAUCGCGCGGAGCAACACGGCGCCGUCGCAGUUCCUGGAACACGCCGGCCUGCCGUGGUCGCCCGCGCACUCUCCGCCCAUGGCGCAAUCCCCCUCCGCCACUCCCCCCUUCUCCCAAUCCCCGUCCGGCACUCCCCCCACGCAAUCCCCCUCCGUCACUCCGCCGGGCCGCUCUCCUCGUCAGCCGCCGCAAAAUCUUUCUUCUCUCUCUUCUUCGGGAGCACCUCCUCCUAAGAACGAGCAUCCGUUUUCCACGACGUAUUUCCCGAAAUCCCCGUCCCUGCCGUCCCCCACGUCUCUCCCGUCCCCCCGAUCCCUGGACGUAGUUCUCGAGGAAGACGCCUCUCUGCACGCCGCCGCUCUUGCCGAACCGAAUAGCUCAGGUUCGGCAGCAGGUUCGGCGAAAUCAGGUUCGGCAGCAUCAGGUUCGGCAGCGGCAGGUUCGGCAGAAGCAGCUUCGGCGUCAUUAGCGCCUUCGGAUCGGGAUCGCGGUGCGACGGGAGGGCAGGAAGCAGAGAGCCGCAAUUUCGUUCCUCUCGUAGUUGCAGACCCUAUUCUCGGCUUAACCGAAUCCCCUACUAAAGCUGCUCCGGUAUUGGAUAUAGCACCUUCCCCUGCUGACGCCGCCCCACUUGCGUCCGCGUUAGACAGUGGUUUUCCCCGUUUAAAGCCGAUUCGCCUCAGUGCAGAGAGCCGCGAGGGGGUGAACCUGGUCGCGUCGCUGGACUUUGGGAUUGGUUCCCUGCGGGAGAGCAGAGGAGGCGGGGAGCGAGACGGCGGGGGGAGUGACUGGGGCGCAGGGGGAAGCGCAAGGGGCAGCGGAGGAAGCGCGAAGAACAGUGGGGGAAGCGCAAGAGGGAGCGCGGGGAACGACAGAGGGAGCGGGGGGAACGAGUUGGAAGGUGUGGGUGGGUUGGGAGAGGUGGAAGUGGGUACAGAGGUCCUGGAAUUUGCAGCGGUGCCCGGUGUUCGAGAGGUGGGGGAAGUGCACGGACUGGCGGAAACGGAUGGGCGGAGAGACGUGGCCGCUCCCCCCCAGCAACAGGGGCAUCAGGGACGGGGGCAGCAGGGGGCGGGGCAGCACCAGCGGCAGGCAUCAGGGGAGCGCAGCCCCGUGGGGUCCUCCGCGCCCUCCUCGCCCCUCCCUACAAUCACAAUCGGCCCCGUGGUCGUUGGCUCACAGGUGGUCUCAGAGGAAUUCGGUAUUAGGCGCCCGCAUGGUGCCAGUGCGUUAGCAGGAGAGGGAGGGUCAGGGAAUGUGCUGGGAGGCUUGCCUCAUGAGCUUACUCGCAGCUCUCCUCUUGAGCUGACUCGAAAUUCGCCCAGGGGAGGGUUGGGAGGAAGCGGAGGGUCCGGGCCUGUGCUGUCUCGUUCGGGGACGGCGGACGGGUCAGCGUCGGUGGUAACCAGGUCCACGUCAGCAGCUGCUGAGUCAGACGCGGGGGAGCGCGGGCAGGAGGUGGAUUAUAGCGAGAUGCUGCUGUUAGAGGUUAGUGGGUCUGACUCUGACGCGUAUGAAGAUGAGGAGGACGUGGGGUAUGUGAGGAGAUUAGUGGAAGAUGAGGAGAGGUUCCUAUUGUAUGAGUUGGAAUCGGAAGCUGAUGACGAGAAGGCGAGCAGCAGCAAGGUAUCAGUGGGUAAGGGUGAAGGCGCGGGUGCAUUGACGGAUGAGAAGGGGGGCAGCAGCAGCAAGGGAUCGGAGGGUAAGAGUGGGGGAGAGGGGAGUGCUUUGGAUAAGGACUUGUCGGUCCGUGAGGCAGAGAAGUGGAGCAGCAGUGGGACUGCAGGGGAAGGGGUGGAGAUGAGUUCUGAAGCGGUGCAGAAGGGUAGUGGGGCAGGGGAGGGGGCAAAAUCAGGGAGCGGGGCAGCAGGCGCUGCAGCAGGGGGGGCAGAGGGUGUUGACGAGGGGGAGAAAGGGCGAGGGGGUGGAGGGGAGAGGUUGAACGGUGGGGCAGAGGUGGUGGAGGGAGGGAGUGCUGUGGAUCUCAUUGAUACGAGGACCAGUGGCGCUGGUGGCGUGGAUUGUGGUGCCUCUAAGAGUGCUGAUAGGAAGGGUGGCAGGGGUGUGCUGUUACAGAAUGUGAUUGUAGGAGACGGGGCGAGGGGCAAUGGGAGCGGGGCAGGGGAGGUUGCGGAGGAUGGCCAGAGGGACGACGAGCAAGGGGCGGAGGGUGGGGGAGGUGGGUUUUGGGAGGACUUUGGAGGGUGUGGGGGGGGAAGAGACAGGGGAGGAGGGGAUGAGGGAGGUGGGUUUGGGCACGAUGGGGAAGGGGGGGGCUUUUCAUUCCACUCGCCCUCGAGUAACGAGGGGCUUUCGCGGGGUAACUCCGGGUGGUCGGGGCUGGGGGAGGGGUUAACUCCCCCGUCUCUGGGCAGCAGCGGAGCAGCAGGCAUGGGGGAACAGGAGCUAGAGCACGAGUUAGAGAGAAUGGGGAGCGUGGCUGAUAGCACUUUAGAGGUUUGGAAGAAACAUGCUAGUGGUACGUUCCCCAAGCUGGCCCAGACAGCUUCGGGGAACUGGGAUUUUGCGGAAAAAGGGAGUGUGGGUGGGGGAGGAGGGGAGGGGAGGAGUGGGGCGGGGAGUGAGGGGGGGAGUGCACGGAGUAGUGUGGGUGGGGAUAGGCGGUCGAGGCUUUCAGUGGAAUCUGUUGCAGUGGGGGAGUUGGGGGAGGUGGGGGAGGUGGGGGGAUUGGGGGGAUUGGGGGGAAUGGGGGGGGGAGAGGUGGGAACGGGAGAGGAAGAGAAGAAGCAGGAUGAAGCGAGUGCGGGAGCAGCAGGGAGCGGGAAGGCAGUGGGAAAGGAAGGAGGGGAUGGGGCAGUGGGUGCUGAGAAGAAGGCAAAGAGUGGGGAGCAGGCAGCAGUAAUGGAUAAAGAGGAGGGGAAGGGGAAGGAGGAGGGGAAGGGGAAGGAGGAAGGGAAGGCGAAAAAGGAGGAGGAGUUUGAGACGUUCAGUUUGAGAGUCAUCCAUAGAAAGAACAGAACGGGGUUUGAGGAGGACAAGGACUUCCCAGUGGUCCUCAACUCAGUGAUAGCGGGGCGAUACUACGUAACGGAAUACCUGGGGGCAGCAGCGUUCAGCAAGGCGAUCCAAGCACACGACCUGCACACGGGCAUGGACGUGUGCAUGAAGAUCAUCAAGAACAACAAGGACUUCUUCGACCAGAGCCUGGACGAGAUCAAAUUGUUGAAGUUUAUUAACAUGCAUGACCCUGCGGACGAGCACUGCCUGCUGCGGAUGUAUGAUUACUUCUACCACCGGGAGCAUCUCUUCAUAAUAUGUGAGCUGCUACGAGCCAACCUGUACGAGUUUCACAAGUACAAUCGGGAGUCAGGAGGAGAGGUUUAUUUCACCAUGCCGCGCAUUCAGUCCAUAGCCAAGCAGAUCUUGAAAGCCCUACGCUUCAUGCACUCGCUGGGGCUAAUCCACUGCGAUCUCAAGCCGGAAAACAUCCUCAUUAAGAGCUACUCGCGCUGCCUCGUUAAGGUGAUCGACAUCGGCAGCAGCUGCUUCACGUGGGAUGCGCUGUGCUCGUACGUGCAGUCUCGGUCGUACCGCGCGCCAGAGGUCAUCCUGGGGCUUCCCUACGGGCCCAAGAUUGAUGUGUGGUCGCUGGGAUGCAUUCUUGCUGAGCUCUGCUCUGGACAGGUGCUCUUUCAAAACGACUCCCUGGCAACGUUGCUGGCGCGCGUGGUGGGCAUCAUAGGGCCCAUCGACCCCGCUCUGCUACGCAGGGCCAAAGAUUCCCACAAGUACUUCACACGGCACCGCGUGCUGUAUGAGAGGAUCCCGGAGACGGAUGCAUUGGAGUAUCUGAUUCCCAAGAGGACGUCUCUCAAGCACCGGCUGCCCAUGGGAGAUGAGGGGUUCCUUGAGUUUGUGGCGUUCCUGCUACAGGUGGACCCUGAUAAGAGACCAACAGCUGAUGAAGCUCUUCUACACCCGUGGAUGUCACAUGCAUAUGAUCCUAUUUCAUGA